UAAUCACUCGCUUCUUGUCAUUUGUUUAGUGACUUUAAAUGUAAUUUUACGUUUAGUAAUUUCCCAUUUUUGUAAAUUAUUUGUGAUUUGAAUCGAGAAUGUAGGGGUUUGGGUCUAUAUUCGCUAUCUAAUUUUUUUAGUCAUGAUGGUUUUAUUUACAUUUAAAUUCUGCUGAAAUUUUAAAAACAAUCAAGCGUAAUGUGUAUUAUGAUCAUUCUACAAUAACAACAAACCCGACAGGAGGGAUCUAGUGUGCAAGGAUGAUUUAGAUGCUGUCAUUUUGAUUGUUUUAAGUGAAGUUCGAUAUAAAAUGAAGUCAGUACAUUUGCCAGUAUUAUUAUUAGACUUUGUCCAGUGUGAGAUGUGAUGGAGGGAGAACAAGAUAUAAGAAACUCUAAAACGAGUGGAAACCUCUCGAUGUCAAGAGGAUAUACAGUUUUAACCUGGCACAGUACUACUGUGAAUAAGACAUCAGCUAAUGGACUGGAGAGCAGUACCGUCCAGAGGCAGCAGCUGGAACUGCAGCUUCUGAUAGCAGAACUGAAAGACCGUGACGUGGAGCUCAAUAACUUGGCUGUAGCCCAUCACAGGCAGCUGCUGUCCUGGGAACAGGACCGACAGAGAGUGCUGAUCCUGGAACAGAGAUGUGCCCGACUGAAGGAUGGGGUGCAGAAGUGUAAUGAUGUGAUCAGAGAUCACAGUAAGCGGACGAUGGUCAUGGAAGCAAGAGAUGAGGACGUGCACAGAGAACUCAACAGCACUCAACAGGAGCUACACGAGCUGAGCCAGAGAGAGCUGAACACCACCAGACAUCAGCAAGACCUGGAGGCGAAGAAUCAGAGCCUGAACUCCACCAUCAUGAUGCUCUCAACACAGGUGGGGCAGCUGCAGGUACGAGAGGAGGAGCUCAACUCAAUGCUCAAACUGAAGGACAAAGAUGUGAUUGGGGCCACCGAUCACAUCUUCGAGCUGUCUGGUCAUCUAUUUGAACUAGAAAAAUCACUAGAAGAACUGCAAACACGUGAAAGCAAAACACUGCGAGAAACAGAGGAACACAAGCACUGUUUCAGAGAGGGCAGACAUGAAAAUACACAACUCAGAGCUGACCUUCAGGAGAAAACCAUUGUGAACAACAUUCAGAGAGAAGAAGUCUUCUGCUUAAAACAGGAAAACCAGCUGCUGAAGAAAGAGCACACUGCGGUUGAGCUCCAGCUACUAAGUGAAGAUAAGAGCUGGAAAGAUGAGUUACUUGAACUAUCCCAAUCAAAACAAGCCCGAGCCGAGUCCGAGUCCGAGUGCCUGCGACAGGUUUGUGAAAACCAGCAGAAUGACCUGCAGCUGCUAAAGCUGAACUUGGAGAGCGCCAGGGAGAAGCUUCGAACUUGUGAGGGUCAAAGGUCACAUGGGAGUGCGUCAGAUCUGAGCUGUCUUCACCUGGAUUGCCCCUCACCCCAAAGUGGGCGGUGCCCUGCUUGUUUGCAUGAUUCUGCACUAAGCAUCGAAUUCAAUAGCAAUGAGAAGGGGUACAGCUCAUCCACAAGUCGUUUACAGCGUUUGCUGGCUGAUUCUCUGGAAAUGGUGGCAAGUUUAGAAAACUAGCAGAUAACUUGUCAGUCCAACUCAAAGUAGUCAUGACAACGGCAGCCAUCUCAAUCACUCAUAGCCCUCCACCCAUUAUCGGACUACCAGGGUAUAUUCCAUAAAGAAGAUGUAGAGGAUGUUAUUAUGACAUCAUAGAAUUCUUUUGCAUUCUUAAAUAUUUUAUGCUCCAUUUAAAUUAUGUUUCAAUUUUAAAUUGUUGCUGAUUGACAUUCCUUUUGUAUCAUUUCCAGUAGGAGAAUCAGUCCCAAAUUAAAAGCGGUCUGCACUCACAACAAGGAAACAAGUAAUAUGGUCAAUAGAGCUACAAGGUCCAGCAAAUUCUUGUUUAAUGCCGCCGUCUAUCACUGCUUCUGGAAAUAAAUCUAUUUUUGGCAACCAAAGAUGAGUUUUGCAAAGCUAACAAAUUAUUUUACCAGUAAGAUUUUCGAUACAAAUGAUUUAACUCUAUAUUUUUAAUUGAAAACUAUGUUUUUAUGACAAUUAAUGAUGAUUUAGAUUGCACUACCUCCCUAUUUAUAAACCAAUUGUUUCUUAAAGUGUUCAUCUUUCAAGAUGGCUAAAUGGUGCUGGCUGUUUUUUGUCAUUCCAUUUUCGCUGUCAUCUAAACUGUUUGGUUUCAAAGUGAAUGAAGUAUGAACUGGCUCAUUGUGCAGAUUAUUGUGUUUGACUCCUGAAAGCCAUAAAUGUAUUCAGAAACUGUAAUGCCUUGUCUUUCAAAUGGGGAUUUUGUGUGAAUCAAA